AAACGCACUAUAGAAAUUCGCAAGAUGCAUCACUAACACAUCAUCACAAUAAUCGACAACCAAGACUGACCUACACGGAUCUAAUGUCCGAAUUCUUCUGUUGUCGUCGCCAGAUGCAGGUCACGCCAUUCAAUUGCCCCUGCAAUAAACACUUGUGCACGCUGCCAUGCCAAAACGGGGGAGUUUGCUGGUCGUCGGACAAAUGUGCCUGUCCCAAAGGAUUCGCCGGCGAUUACUGCCAGAUAGAUGUGGACGAAUGUGUAACGGAAAAACCAUGUGACCAAAUAUGCAGAAAUAUAGUUGGUAGCUACGAAUGUUACUGUAGAAGUGGAUAUGAAUUACAGGCAAAUCGUCAAUCUUGCCGAAAAAAUGACAGUGAUGGUACGGCAUUUGAAGCAAAAGAUUUAGAAGAGGACUUUGAGGAGUCGACAUCAUCGAGCACAAGACGAUCGAUAUUACGUGACACGGAGAACGAGGUCGACGACAGAGAAGAGGACAACAAGUACAAGGAGCUACUUCAAAGACUUAUCAAAUUGGAAAAGCAACUUGCAAAAGGAAAAAAUCGAGAAAUUGAAACAAAUGAAAUCUCCUCGAGAAUUGCUUCAGCCAUCGAUAGUAUCAAUGAAAUAAGACGUAGUAUUCAAAAUAUGCAAUUGAUGCAGCAAGAAAUCUAUGAGUUACGGAACAAAGUAAAAUUAUAUGAAUAUGAAACGAGGAAGAUUCAACAGUUAACCAGCAGAGUAGUUGAUCUUGAAAUAAGAUUAAUGUUACAUUGUCGAUCGAAUGUAUUUAAAUAGCGACAGUACUAUAUAUUAACAAACUUGUAAUAAAU